CCGUGUUGUUUCUCUCCAGUCAGAGUGGCUCUCUAGUAUUCAUCAUGGCGAUGCAUGCGAAGGCAACUCCACCACAGAUCCCCGACACUCGUCGGGAGCUGGCGGAACUGGUGAAAAGGAAACAAGAACUCGCCGAGACGUUAGUGAACUUGGAAAGACAGAUCUAUGCCUUCGAGGGCAGCUACCUAGAAGACACCCAGAUGUAUGGCAACAUCAUCAGAGGAUGGGACAGAUACCUCACCAACCAAAAGAAUUCAAAUAGUAAAACCGACAGACGAAAUCGGAAAUUUAAAGAAGCAGAGCGUUUGUUCAGCAAGUCGUCAGUUACGUCGGUAGCGGCAGUGUGCGCACUCGGGGGAAUACCUGAUCACAUGAACGAGAAACGAGAACCGGGCAGCGGCACGGAGAGCGACGCCUCGCCGGACCUCCAGAACCAGGAGAACGAGCCCAGCCAGGAGGACACGGAGGACGGGGACGGGGCCCUGCAGGACCUCAAGCCCCAGAAGGCCGCCUCCUCCUCCUCCACGGGCAGUCACCACGGCAACCACAAGAAGAGGAAGAACAAGAACCGACACAGUCCUUCUGCAAUGUUUGAUUAUGACUUUGAGUUCGACAUGAAGGUGAACAAGAAACCACGAGCGGACUUCUCCACCUGACGGUCUGGGUCAACUGGACUUGGCGCGGGGAACAAGAAGACCUAACAGUGACUCUUUCUGGACUAUUGUCGGCUCUCUCUGCGCCUUUCGGUGGUCGUCCGUUUUUGUUUUCGUCCCGUUUUAUUUCUGCCUGUAUCGUGUAUAGUUCUUAAACCAUUCCCCCUUGUUUGCUUCCAUUUUUCCAUGGUUUUGUGAUGAAUGCCUUUACCUUACCAAUAAAAGCUGUGUGACCUAUUCGAGCUCAGCCAGGGCUACUUGAAGUGGAGUGCUCAACUGCGUCAUAUUGUAUAGUGUUAAAAAUCAACAUAUUUAUUAUCCCAGUCUCAUGUUUCCCCAGUGUAACAAAAACAAUUAUUUCGGUUAGCAUUUCGUAGUCUUAGCGUUAUACCUCCUUCUGACGAGAGCUUCUUUUAUUCCACAAACUUCUUUUUCAUAAAAAUUGUAAUAAAAGAUCAAGGUAUCA